GGUGGAAUCGGUUCUAAUCGGACUAAACCACGGUAAAUCGAACGCUAAAAGGGUCGUUCGGAGUUAAAAGUAUUAAAGGAGUUAAAAGAGCUUGGCAAACCGAACGCAACUCGUGAUUCAGUAUUUAUUCAAUUGUCAAAUGUCAUUACGUCAAAUUGUUUUCGCCAUUGUAUUUUGAGCACCGAAUCAACAAAUUAAAAUCACUUUUAAACGCUAGUUAUUCAAUUAUUAAUCUAAAAUACCUAUAGGCGGAAGAACAUGCCAAAUAUAAAACUGCAGUCCUCAGAUGGGGAAACAUUUGAGAUCGACGUUGAGAUCGCAAAAUGCUCGGUCACUAUCAAGACCAUGUUGGAAGAUCUAGGAAUGGAUGAGGAGGAAGAAGAGGUAGUUCCAUUGCCAAAUGUGAACUCUGCUAUAUUGCGAAAGGUAAUCCAAUGGGCCACGUAUCAUAAGGACGACCCUCCACCACCAGAAGAUGAUGAUAACAAAGAAAAAAGGACUGAUGAUAUUUCUUCUUGGGAUGCUGACUUUUUAAAAGUUGAUCAAGGUACUUUGUUUGAACUCAUUUUAGCGGCUAAUUAUCUUGAUAUUAAGGGACUCCUCGACGUUACCUGCAAAACGGUAGCUAACAUGAUUAAAGGUAAAGCCCCUGAAGAGAUCCGCAAAACUUUUAACAUCAAAAAUGAUUUUACGGCGUCUGAAGAGGAACAAGUGCGAAAAGAAAAUGAAUGGUGUGAAGAAAAGUAAUUGUGUACUAAAUUGACUAAAUUUUGUGUACGUUUUGUAUAAGUAUUUUAGAUAUGCUUAAAUAUUUUUUUGGGCGUCUCGAUUACUAAUUUCUCAGUUUUUCAGGUGUUAACCUAAAUCUCUUAGUCAUAUAAAGUUGGGAAACUGUAUUUAAAUUCUGUACCUCUUUAGUAUCCUUAGG